ACUGUUGAAAGCGAAAGUAGGCAGAUUGGUUUUUCCCUCCUAAACUGGCGAAAGCAAAAGCGGGUGCCGAGGGUGGAAUCGCAAUUGCUGAUGACUUACAUUUACAAUUUAUUGUUAUAUAUUGAAAAUGAAAUGGAAGGAAGCUUUUACACAACAGAAAAAUACCAGUAUGCUAAUCUGGUUUUGGAUGAUACUGCUGGUGUUACGUGAAGGGUUUGGUAUAGACCAGCCAUACAAAGUAGUGAACGAUACCACCACAUGUCAGGAGAUCAUCAAAGUAACAGGUUACCAGACUCGUCUACCAUGCACUGGGAAAGAUGUGAGAUAUCACUGUCUUCUGGAUGGGAAUAAGACUGUGGAGUAUGAAGUAUGCAGAGAGUGGAAGUGGAUUCCAAAAGGCAAAUGUGCAUACUUCAAUACAUAUGGAAGUGGAAAUGUGGAUGAGACAGACUGUGAAUCCACCCCUGGUCUAUCUUGUGCUGUCAAGGAAUACAACUCGGCAGAUAAUACCCAAUAUGCUGCCUGUUAUGUGAAGAAAGAAAUGACAACCGUACCAAUCUUAGAAACAAGUUCGAGGGUUGUUGAUUCGUCUACUGGAGAGAAUUCAUCACUGGGACAAACCCCACCAACCAAUUCAAACCAGGAUGAACAAAGUCAUCCUGGGAGUGAUAUAGGAAUAACAUUUGGUGUACUUUUACCAAUAAUCUUUAUGGCUGCUGCAGUUUUAUUAUUCAAAUUUGGAAAUUUAUUGGAACAUUGCAGAACAGGGAGCAGAGAAAAUAUAGACAUUGAAGGUCAUCCAUGUGUGAAUGAAAAACUUUUGGAAAAUAAUGAAGAAGGGGAGAAAAAAGAUGAGAAUGAAAGGAAUGAGAGCACAGGGAAUAUACCGCCAACUGAGGAGGAUAAGCUUUUGGAGUGUAAUGAAGAAGAGAAGAAACAGAAUGUAGAGAAUAAAAGGAAAGAGGACAAAACAUCAACAAAGCCUCCUGAAAUAGUUGAUUCACACAGUGGUUCAAGUAUUCCUAAUUCGGAGAAGGCAUUGACACAGAUGUCUAAAAAUCAAAGGAAUGAAUGCAGUGACACAGGGUCAACUCCAGUGAAUGGAUCUUCAGAAAUCACUGCACAAGCAGAUGAUGAUAUACAGGGGAGAAAGGAGGUAUCCAUUGAUAUUGGAGAAAGUGAACUGUCAUCUAUUACACAAGGCAAUGUGGAAAAAGCAAAAAAUGAAAGUACUGAAAAGGAUGAGAAUCAAAGUAAUAAAACAGGUAAUAAAGAUAGAGAUGUAAAACUGCAUGCAAUUGACAAUAGGGAAGGUAGUUUAAUCCCUGAGCAAGUGAUUUCUACAUCAAAUCAAACUCCAAAGAGUGAUAUAAAUCAGGAAGACAGUAGGGACUUACAGGAUGACAACAAAAUGUCUGACUGUUCCACUGGUGGCUCUGGUAAAGAACAAGGUGAUUCUUCUGAGCCUAAACCUGAUGAAAAGGGCAGUAAAAAAGUAACUACUGCAGAGGAUACUGGAGAAACUAGUUACAGUAUUCAAAACAACCAUGAAAAUAAAAACAGUGUAGACCCUUCUAAUAACUUGACAGAAGCAAGUGUUGAUCAGGAUGGGAAUUUAGAUGCAUGUAAACCUAACCCUGACAGUAUUGUAGAAACAGACAAGAAGGGGGAAAUAUCUUUAGAGAAAGAAGAUGCCGGAGGAGUGUUUGAUGAGACACUGGACUCUAUAAAAAGAAAAGAUGAUGAAGAGGAAGGUGGUUCCCAGGAUUUACAUGAUUUUCUGGAAGAAGUAUCUACAAGACUAGCAAAGAAAAUGCUUUAUCAAGUUUUAAAAUCCCAUGUGACAGACCUACAGAGUUACCUUACUGAUGAAUCAAAAAUAUCUAAAGUCAAGGAAUUGUUACCAACAGAGUAUCAAUCAUCUGUCAGUAUUGAUUCAAUUAAAAAAUCUAUUCCUGUAAUGUAUGCGAUAUUGCAGUUGUCACUUGACAAGGGACAUCAACCCAAGUCUGGUUGGGGUCAAGAGAUCAAGGACAGAGACACUGGGGUUGGAGAUGAUGUAGAGAGAUUGUAUCGAGUUCAUGAACUGUAUAGAGAAAUUGCAAAUCCAGCACAAGUAUCUAUAGAUGGAUAUACAAGAUUAUUUAAAGUGCUCUUUAAAGCUGUUGAUAGAUUAGAUGUAAAAGGACAGUGUAAAGAAGAUUACCAGGAAUUUGUCAAAAAAUGGGAAAAUCUGCAAAGGAAUCAGUGGUAUAAGGAUAAUCUGAAAGCACUACAAAGCAUCUUCAAGAAAUGGUCUCCUGGUAGUACUAAUUAAAUAUA